GUCUCCCCAGGGAAAAGAAUGGGCUGCCGUAAACACGAUGCUUGUUAUUGCCAGGUGCUAACUACACCAACAGGCAACAGGCCCACGCCCACCAGUACAGUGCACCACUACAAAUUAUAUGUUCUUGCACUAGCUACGGGAGAAGCUUGAGAACACUCGGCUCCUUUUGUCACAAGUAUAUACGAACAAGUUUUUGAUUUUUCAGCUGCCAACGCAAAAAAGAUGCCAGCCCCCGCGGCCGAGCCAAUCCAGUACCACAUUCACGUGGUGGGAAAAUGGCAGGCUCCAGAUUUUCACAAGCUCCGCAUGGCAGCGGAGUUCUUGGCACAAAACAGGUAUUCACUUCUUCGUGCGCUCAUGAUGAGCAAGUGGUAUUCAUCCAUUGCAAAACAGGUACUCACGGUGAAUGUGGUGAAGUAGAAUUCGAUUUGCUUUCCGGCGAGAUGACCAUUAUUUCAUUGCUUCAAGAACGUAGUACUCAGGCAUAGCAAAAACCUUACCCAAACUCAGAUCAAACGUCCGCGCCACGAUUGAGGGCUACUUUGAAGCACAGUACGAAAUCCGACUGAAAAAGAUCGCUGGCAGCCUGGGAGGCGCGUUUUUCAUGUGCAAGCCAAGUAACACGCUCGUGUACGCCAUAGCAGACGACGAGAAGGCGCUCUAUUUCGCAAAUAUGGACAGAUUCUUCGAAUGGGCAGAGAAAAGGUAAAAAUAGAAAAAUGUAUAUUUUUUGCUUUAUCCUGUUCGCAGACGCGCCGCAGUAUGAAGAGAGAUGAUUGAUCAUUGUACAUGUGCUCUACUUCUCUUUCUCUCGCAAUACAAAUUUUCUGUCAAUUUUCUGUCAGGUUCAAAUACGAAGACAGUACGUCGAUGCUGGUGUACAAGAGGCUCGCGAAUAAAGCCCAGCAGCAGAACUUUGCGAAGUCAAGGAGAUACUGCCAGGUCACGUUUCAAUUUGGCGACCGAGAAGCCGAGCCCGUGGCGUUUGAACUCUUUCACAAGGAGUGCCCAAGAAUCGUGAACAACUUUUUGGCGCUGCUGCAAAGCGGGAAAUACCUUGGAUCCCCAGUAAUCACUGAUUUUUCUAGAAGGGGUUUGUUCCAUCGUUUGAUUUUGUUCUAAACAAGUGUAAGUGUCGAAGAUAAAUUUAGAUGUCUUCGCCUGCAUGAUCUUCUUCAAGCCAAAUCACUUGAUGCAAUGUAUAAUCACCAGAAUCACCGAAAAAAUCACAGAUACACCGAAUAA